UAACAUAACUUGGGCGUGCAAUGACAUUCGCAAGCCAGUGCCAAUUUGUGAGAGUGAUUCUUCUGCUGAUUUUACUCCCGACCAGGCCUGUAUGUGUUUCAAACAGAAGGUUAAUUCUUUUUUGAUAUGUGAGGCAUAACCUUUAUAAAUUACCAACCACCCCUGAAGCUUUGUCUUUUGAAAUUAUUAUUCUGAAAAAUCUAGACAAAAUGUCAACAGAUGACAAAGUAUUUAAAAAACCAUUUGAUGUUGUAUCCAAAUCUUCAACAGAGAAAGGAGAUGUCAAGCCUCAGGCUGCUAGUAACUUACCAAGCACUUCUAAAGGAAGCACAGGUGGUGGUGAAACACUGAAAGAAAUAGCUAAUGAAGAACAAGAAGUUGAGAGGAGAAAGCUACAAAUGCUUGUAUCAGCGUUUAGUGAGGAACAGUUAAACAGGUAUGAGAUGUAUAGAAGAGCAUCUUUUCCAAAAGCAGCCAUAAAAAGGUUUAUGCAGAAUGUUACUGGUGGUACAUCCGUUCCUCCUAAUGUGGUUAUAGCUAUGGCUGGAAUUGCCAAAGUGUUUGUUGGAGAAAUCAGUGAGGAAGCUCUUGAUGUAAUGGAAAGUUGGGGAGAUAGUGGUCCAAUCCAACCACGUCAUCUUCGUGAAGCUGCUCGAAGAUUAAAAAAGAAGUCACUUAUACCAAGUUCCAACCAUCGAAAGCCGAAAUUUUAAGCUGCGAAAAUUAGUUAGAGGUCUGCUCCCUUCAUGUGCUGAUUUUAUGUGAUUUAAAUCACUAACAUAAAAUAAAGAGUGUCAAAUCUCUGUGGGGUGAAGAAAUCUUUUCAAAUGAAUAAAACCCAAAAUGACCAGUGACGCAGAUGAAGGACACCCACCUUGCGUAGAGAGAGCUUUAAUGUUAAUAUUUCUCAAUUGUUCGAUAAAGACAAAACAAUACUGCAACUUCACAACCGACAUGUAUUUAACUAUGUUUGCGUUAACAUGAGAUGAUUAAAA